AUGCUUGCACUUGGCCACUUGAGCUAUGUCAACUUAGCACUGGAUGGCAGGAAGAAGAGCAUCCUGCUCACCUGUUUCAACAGUGUCUUCUUGCUGCCCUCACACGAGCAUUUGGAGUGCCAGAGCCGCGUCUGCUACUUGAGGACCCUGGACGCCAUGGACCGCAUGCUGAGGCUGUUCAUCAGAAAUUCUCCCCUCUCCGGCUUCACUGAGCUGCAGGACAUCUUGCAGAUUCUGCUGCUCUUUGCCAACUCCGACAGCGAAGCCAUUUGCGAGAGGGCCGUGGGGAGGGCCGCGAAGCUGACCAGCUGGCUAGCCACACGCUUCUCACCGGAGGACCACAGCGCUGAUGGAGGAUACACUGAGUGCAAUGUGCCGCUCCUGGGACAGUUGGUGGGAUGGCUCCUCCUUUGCCACACUUGCGAGAACAGGCAGAUACGAUGGGAGGCUUUGGAUGCUCUUUAUUACCUCUACCAAUUCAUCCAGAAAAACAGAAGAACAGCACCAGAAGCUAGUCAACAGCCUCAGGGGAAAGCUGAGGCCAUACCGAGGCUUCCUUUACCCACUGCCACGGACAUUGCCACGAACUUUGGAAAAUACCUCCAGCAGUCUCAGAGGACAGACGUCAUCCUCAAGGUCAUUGAAGCCCUGAGAGACUCCAACACAUACGACAAGCAGGAGGUCAGCGGUGUGCUGGACAUGGCCAUCGAAGACCCUGCCUCCUGGCUGACCGACGUGCCAGAGAUCGUGAGGUGCAUCUACAGACACGUGGAGUGCAUCAACACGGCAUCAGCCCGGCGCAGCCUGGACAGCCUCAUCCUCUGUCUGGCCAACCAGCGGCCAAGGGAGGUGGCCAGCACCCUGCUGCAGAUGUGGCCAUCAUCUGACAGCGCUGCCCUGGCCAUGUGGGAAACCAUGUUCUCCCAGAAGCAGACGAUGGAGAAUGUCCUGAGGGAGACACUUGGCGUGCUCCAGGAGCAGAAGCUGCGCGGGCUCCCGGGCUUCAUCCCAGAGGACAACUGCAUCCCUCACUUGGCGCUGCUGGCCCACCCAGAUGUUGGAGAAGACGACUCGGAGGCCCUGCGCCACCUCCAGAGGCUCUUGAAGCAUCCCAACCGAGUGACGUACUCGGUGGUGCUCAGCGCUCUCCUCCCAGCGUCAGAGACACCUGUCACGGCAAGAAAACUUCCCGUGCUGCUGCCAGGCAUCAUUCAGGGCCUGCACGUUGCCAGGGCUGACACCAAGAUGAAGGCCCUGCUUCUCAUCGGAAACGUGAUGGAUCACGUGAAGAGGAAGCAGGCCAGCUCCAUCGCUCUGCAAGUGGCUGGGGACAUCCUGCCACUGUUUAACGAUGAGUGCAGCCAGCUGCAAGAGCUCUCCAUCUGCCUCUACAACAAAGUGAUGCAGGCUGUGUUGUGGUACCACAAGAGGCAGCUGAAGAAGGUCGUGCAGAGGGGCCUGCUCCCACUCUUUUUUCACCUGAGUGACCAGACCCAGAGCGUGGCCAAGGCCUCCCUGGAAGCCCUUGUCACCGCUGCAGACUUCCUGAAGCAGGGAAAACUCAAGCACCUGGCGCAGACAGAGCAGACCUGGAAGAUCGCAGAGUACUUGCUCGUGCAGGACAAGGGAAAGGUGGAGAAAUACCUGCAGCAGAGCCUGCCGUACCUGCAGCACACUCAGGUCGCCUUGCGGGAGGCAGCCGUCAGGUUCAUCGGUCUUGCCGCGCAGCACUGCAAGGACCAGAGCGAGAUGAAGAUCCAUGAAAUCUGCAGCAUCCUCCGGCCCUUGCAGAAUGACGAGGAGGAAAGUGUUGUGUCUCUGGCCACUCAGACCAUCUUCAUCCUGACACGUCCAAGGGAGCAGCUGACAUCGAGCUGGUGCCGGCGGGCACUGUGCUGCUGCCUCUCCUAAGCCAGGGAGAGGCACAAAACCUUCAAACGCCUGCAUUCCAUUAAAAUUCCAACACCA